AUGGGUGGAAAGUCAAUAACUAUCAAAAAAACACUGACAUAUCUGGGAAUUAUUCUGGAUUACCGGCUCUCCUGGGAGCCUCAUAUUGAUCAUAUAACAAAGCGAACUGGAUUAAUUUUUCAGGCCUUCACUAAGGUUGCUCGUGGCACGUGGGGACUUAGUUUUGAUGCCCUUGAAACAAUUUACAAUCAAUUAUUCAUACCAAUUAUCACUUAUGCCUGUGGUUGUUGGGGAUGGGCAUCAAAUAAGACCCAUCCUAAAUGUAAAUUAACAUCAGCUCAGAGGAAAGCUUUGAUCCCUCUCACCAAAGCUUAUAAAACUACUUCCUACCUACAAGUGUUAGCACGAAAGCCUCCUAUAGAACUACAUAUUCAGUUCUACAGCCAACUCAGCUGUCUAAAAUGGGGGAAUAACAUCCAUCUAACCAGAGAUACAAUUUUAACUUCGGAGUUUGAAUCUGAACCCCCCUUUAGCUUGUCACCAAGUCCGAGUAUACCUCAUAUAAACAUUAUUUACAAUACAGAUUAUAAUGGCAUUUUAAUAUUUACUGAUGGAUCGAAAAAUGGCAGUAACGUUGGCUGCUCGUUCGUUGUCUUACUGAAUAAUAAUGAAAUACAUCAUAGCACUUUUAGACUUGGUGUAUAUACAACAAUUUUCCAGGCAGAGUUAUUUGCCAUUCUUAUGGCCCUGACAUGGGCAAAUACUCAGUACCAAUCAAGCUAUAUUACGAUCAUCAGUGACAGUGCUUCUUCCUUAGCCGUCAUUAACAGUUCACAAUUACAUCCUUUGUCUAUACGUAUUAAGAAUCUGAUAAUGACUUCCAGUAACAAAUAUAGCCUGAUGUGGACUAAGGCACAUCACGGUUUGGCCGGGAAUGAAAGAGCUGACGCAUUAGCUAAAGCAGCUGCCAAUAAUUCGCAGCUAGAAAUCUCUUAUAACAAAGUCAGCUUGACCACUGUUAAAAGACUUUUGUGGAGAGAAGUCCUGGAUAUAUGGCAAAACAAGUGGAACAGAGAAUAA